AUGAGCAUUGUCCUCAUUUGCUUCAUUAAUACUUUUGCCCAAUUCAUCACAGCAACGUUAUUGUGUGAGAUUUUAAAAAUAAAUACUUAUUGUUUAUUUAAAAUAUUUUUUAAGUUAAUUCUUCUUUUCUACAAGGACCCAAAAGAAUUAUUAACCCCCCUCUGGCUUGUUUGUUUUUUACUUGGACCGUUUUAUAUUCAAAUUUUAUGUUAUCCUUCCCUUCAUUUUUGUAUCAUGCUUGAACGGUUGAGAGCAACUUUAUUUUUGGAGAGAUAUGAAAAUGAGGGGAAAAAAUUGGCUGUUUUUAUGAAUGUUUUUUGUUGGGUUAUUUCAAUCGGUUAUUCAAUGUAUAUAAUAUUAAUGGCUUUUGCUGACCCAACAAUGGCUAUUCAAGGAGCAAUAUUUUUGUCAACAAAAAGUACUGCCAAUUAA